UUAUAGUAUAUCAACAGAUCUGAAAUUUCUCCUAUAUGUAAUUUUUCCGAAAUAUCUAACGUCUGACUGUAUGUAAUUAAGAUUUGAAGAAGGAAAAAAGAAGACGAAAGAAAAAAGGACAACCAAAAUUAAGAGGCGAGCAAGAGAAAUGAGCAAAAGUUAGGAGGUGAAAGAACAAGUCAAAACAAGUAACGUUAGAAGAAGAUAAAGAAGAAUGUCGAAUGUGAUCGUAUUGAGUGAUUCGGAUGAAUCUGUAUCUCUCUCUCCUGUUGCUGACGAACGUGAUAAAAUCGAAUCGGAGAUCGGCGGCAAGUGUUCGGACGCGUCAAAUGAUUUCGAUUUUCCGGAGGUGCUGUUUUGCCGCGGAAUCGCUGACAGCCCGACGUCGCAAGGUGACAGCAAUUUAAACGCCGACAAUGGCUAUAAACAUACAAAGAAGUCGCCUAUUUUCGAUUCGGAGAAUCGGGUUAAUAAAACCUCGCGAAAAGCGACAGUUUCCAAAAAAGAUAAGGCAACGUUGAGGGAAGAACGAUCAAGACGUCAGCAAGCUCUAGCGAGGGAAAAGACUUUAAAGGCGAUCGAGAAGAAAACGUUGAACGAUAUGAAGCCCGGCGAAUGUAUAAAGUUUAUGGAAGUUUAUCUUGAUCGAGGUAUUGAUUCGGUCGCUUCUCGAGAAGAAAUUGAGAGUGCAUUGCAGAAUGCCGGUAUUAAAUUCAAUGUGACCACCGAGAAAAUUCCUAAUAGCAUUAUGUGGCGGAGGAACAUCGAGGAGGACUAUAUCGACGAAGAUAAUGACGUGCGCACAAGGAGAAGUAUACAGACGGAAGAGUAUGCUAUUGUGAUUUGGAGCAACUACAAAGCGGUGAAACAUGUGGCAGAAGGCACUUUCUGCACAUCUGUCUCAGAUUAUAAGGCUCUGAUACCGAAUUACAAUAUGACCUUAGUUAUCUAUGGUAUGGAAGAGUAUUUUGCAUAUAGGAAGAAACAGAAGUCGGAUCGGAAUCCUGGAAGUAAAGGGUCCAGGUAUAACGGCAAAGGUAAUCAACAGUUCGACACGUUACCAAUUAUUUCGAGGCAGCAAUUGGAGAUGUGCUUGACUGAAAUUCAGAUAGUAGUUAAAUGCAGCAGCAGAUUGAUUGAAAAUUCGCAGGAUUUAGCUUUAAUGAUAUACCAGUAUACAAAGUCCAUUUCGGAAAUACCAUAUAAAUUGCAGAAAAGAGGGAAUCAGGAAGGUAAAUUUGAUUGGUAUGUCAUGGGAGACAAUAAGAAUGCAGUGCGCGUGGACAAAGAUGGUAACGGGUUAAAGAGACUGUGGCAGCAGCAAUUGUGCCAAUUUAACUUGAGUAGCUUAGAAGUAUCAGAGGCAAUAUGUAUAGUUUAUCCUAGCCCAAUUCAACUUAUUAAGGCUUACAGAAAUUGCACACCCGACGAAGGCAUGAAUUUAUUAAAAGAUCUAUCGAUAAGGAGAGCAGCAGGACCUCUCACAGCAGUACGUAAAAUUGGUCCCGAAUUCAGUAAAAAGAUGUACAUGAUGUUUACUUCACAAAAUGGGAACGCUUUAUUAGGAACUGAGGUAAAUUAUUUAAUAGUGGACUAGAUAAUAGUAAUCUACCUUUUGAAGGGGACGAUGUGGACGAUGUUAUGGUAUUUGUUGAUGAAUUGGUGGUCGUUAGU